AUGAAAUAUUCAUACGUUCAAUUGAGUCAUUUACCUGAUGAAAUUCUAAUGAUCAUUUUUAAAAAAUUACAUAAUAUCUCGCUCCUUUACUCGUUAAUUGGCGUUAGCAAACGAUUAAAUAAAAUAGCACAUGAUUCUAUUUUUACGAAUCAUUUGACUUUGCUAAGAUUUCUACCAGUUCCUUUGAUUGACUUCUACACUUUACCAAGAUAUUCAGUUUAUCCAUUAUCUGAUACAAUAGUUGAUCGAUUUUGUUCACAAAUCUUAGUUGAAAUUCAUAAUAAAAUCGAAUGGCUUAAUGUUGAACCAUUUUCAAUUGAACGUAUUCUUCUUGCUACCAACUAUCCCAAUUUAUCUGGACUUGGUUUAUACAAUAUCCAAAUAGAAAAUACUGUGCAUCUUUUUUCUGAUGAAACUCUUUUCAGUUGUACCUUGAAAAAUCAAAUUUCAUCACUUGUUAUCGAUAUGAAUCCACUUGGGGAACAAAUAUCAAGAGAAAAUAACAAUGCACUUUUAUUUACUCAUAUCUUUACUACAUUCACUAAUUUACGAGUAUUAAACUUUCAUACAACUGAAAAUAGCGUUCAAUAUUUAUCCUUCUUUGAAUCACCCAUAACUGUUAUCUCUUCAACUCUGUUAGAAUUAAACGUUUAUUUGAAAACCUCUAAUAAUUGUCUUUAUUUACUUGAUGGACGUUUCAAUCAGCUUCGUAUACUUCAUGUUAAUAUUGAUUUCAUUAUCAUUUCGCCUUUAACAAUCAAUAGUAAGGUAGAACAUUUUGAUUAA